AUGAAACUACUGUUCAUUAACCUGUUUCUGGCCCUUCUAUCCACCUUGGCAAGAGCUGCCAGUAUUAACGGUGGACGUACCUUAGUGGUUUACGAUCAACGUCAAAAUGAUAUAGAGAACUACUCUGAUUAUUUGGAUAGUCUAAAAGGUCAUCAAUUGACCGUUGAUGUCAUCGAAAUCAGUGAUAAAUCCGUUAAUGUGGAGCUAUUUGACGCCGGGGAGAAGAAAUAUGAUCACUUGAUAGUUUUCCCAGCUACCACUAAGAGUCUGAAUAAGCGUCUAUCCAUGAACCAUCUUUUGAACUUCUACGAAAAUGGCGGUAAUAUCAUGACUCUGUAUUCUCCAAAGUCAGCCACCGAGGCCAUUCGUCUAUUUUGGGCUCAAUUGGGUGUACACUUACCAGCAAAGGGUUAUACCACCGUUGAUAACUUCCAAGAUGAAUCCCAAGCUUUGAGAUUACCACUUGUCUCUGUCAAUAAGGAAGUCUACCAAUCUACGUCUGCCGAGGAAGUCAUUUUUGGAGAAAGUACAACUGCAUUGCUAGAAGGUAACGAAUUGGUUAUUCCAGUUAUUCCAGCUGGUAGAAAAUCUUAUGUUAUCAAUGCAAAGGACGAUAUUUGGUCUACUGGCCCUCAAGGUUUUUCUGUAGUCGGUCAUCAAAACUAUAAAAAUGCUCGCUCCUUGUGGAUUGGUAGCAGUGACGCUUUCCUAAAUGAGAACUUUGAUACCAAUGCCAAAUUCUUGAAUGAAAUAACCAGAUGGGUUUUCGGUGAGAAGGCCGUCAUUAAAACAAGCAAAGUAUCCCACUCACAUGUGAAUGGAUUGACGUAUGAUGAAAAGCCUUACAAAGUGACUGAUGAGAUCGUUUACGAGAUCUCCUUUAGUGAAUGGAACGGUGAGAAAUGGGUCCCAUUUGAGAGAGAAGAUAUUCAAUUUGAACUAAGACAAGUAGACCCAUACUACCGUAUAACUAUGGAACCAAUCAAUAGAACAAACGAUUCCAUUAUCUACACCACAGGCGUAUUUAAACUACCAGACCGUCACGGUAUGUUCACCUUCUUAACUGACUACAAGAGACCUGGUUUGUCUUUUGUGCACGAAUCUGAUGUCAGAGCUAUCCGUCAUCUAGCUAACGAUGAAUAUCCAAGAAGUUGGACUAUUUCCAACUCUUGGGUCUAUCUAAGUGCAAUCUACGGUACUAUGCUAGUUUGGAUUGCCUUCGUAGUACUAUUUGUAGUCUCCUCGAAGAAAGACACCACUGUGUCUGUCGAGAAAAAGACUGAAUGA